UGUGAAACAAUUUAAAGCGUGCAGUGCAGCCGCACAAAUACAGCUUGGACGGACGAAGUGCACGCAGAUUAUAAACAAUGUUUUGGCAGUGCACUUCAUGGAAGACUUAUUGAUGGAUAUUGGAUCAUCGAAAUAUAGUUUGCUUCUGGAUGAGUCAACCGACAUCAGUGUGACGAAAUUGAUUGACUCCAUUAAAAAUACCCAGAGUUUGCGAUACCAGAUGGCUGUCAAUAGAACCUGCAGUAACUAGGAUUUCACAUCAGUGGUCGGAGCUCAAAUUGCACUUUGCCUUAGCUGCCAGUUCCGAAAAAUGCCACAAGGCAAAAAUUUUGCAUGAUUUAUAUAACGAUGAAACUAAUUUGUUGUAUUUAUUGUUUUUGCGACCGAUUUUAAAUGAUAUGCAAAAACUCAACAAAUUGUUUCAAAGUGAACGGCCGGAAUCUUCUAAGUUAUUAAAUGAGCUUAUGACAAGCAUUAAUUCACUAAAAGAAAAAAUCAUACCUCCGGAAAUAAACAUUGACAUCUUUAAAGAUGAUUUUACGCAUAUUACAGUACAAGACUUGUACUUGGGAUAUGCUUUUGAACGAAAGAUAAAAUCUUUGGAAUGCAAAGAGCAAGAACCGGAAAUAAGGCAGGUUUGCGUCAAUUUUGUGCAACGAUUAAUAAUGCAACUCCGUGAAAGACUUCCCGACAACUUCAAUAUUUUAAAGAAGGUGAAUAUAUUUGCAGUGGAUAAUAUAUUGCGACCCCACAAAAAUAUAUUGGAUUUUAUAAAUAUUUUUGAAUAUUUUAAAAUAACUGAUAUCGAUGAACUAAAAUCACAAUUGGACAAAAUUCACCUGAUAAGAUGGGAAAAAACAGAAGAAUCGAUGCAAUUUUGGGCAGAGGUGCUAGCGUAUAGAGACGCAGGAAACAACAACCCCUUUAAGGCGCUUGCAUUAUUUGCCAUCCAGUUGUUUUCCCUGCCAUGGUCCAAUGCAGAGGUGGAACGAGUGUUCAGCCAAAUGAACAUAGUGAAAUCAAAAUUGCGCAAUAAAAUGGCAUUAAAAAGCUUGAAUGCAAUAUUGAGCAUAAGCAUAUUUUUCUGA